ACGAGCGGCGGCCGCCGAGGCGUGGCGGCGGCGGGGCGGGCCGGGUGCCUCCCUACGGCUCAGGGAAGGCCCCGCCGCCGCCCUGCCGUGCUCACCUGCGUAGUAGGGCGGCCCCGCUCACCUCGGCCCCGCUCGCCGCCACCGCCACCAUGCAGGAGACGAACAACUUCUUGCUCUCGGCCCUGCAGCCCGAGGCCGGCGUCUGCUCGCUGGCUUUGCCCUCCGACCGGCAGCUGGAUGGCCGAGGCCGGGAGGCAGCCGAGGCCCAGAGGCUGCGCAGCGCCCGCGUCCAGGAGCAGGUCCGCAUCCGAAUGCUGCUGCGGGGGCAGGCGGCCGCCGCGCACCCCGAGGCCGCCGUGCUCGACCAGGUCGACGGCAGAGGUGGGAGACCGCCAGGCGGUCACUACGGCACGACCCUGCGCCCGUCCUUCAGCUCCCGCUCCCAGAGCAAUGGCUUGGACUCCAAAAGCUCGAUGUAUCAGUCGAUGGCCAAGAAAGAUUUUGGCACGCUCAAGGGCAGCAGCUGGUCCUCGCGGUCAGCGGUGGACCUCACGCCGCACAAACGCAUGGCGACCAUCAGCAACGGGGGCAUAGCGAAGGGCCGGGCCUACGGCACCGGCUACGCCAUGUCGCAGGCUGCCAACACCUCCCCGCGGCCUAGCUCCUUCCACGAGCGCAACUACCGGGCUCGGCAGAGCUUCGACACGCUGUCACUGCGCUCCCUGCGGCUGGCUGACGGGCCGCUGCCGCCCACCGCCGCGGACGACCGCUACAGCGUCAUCUCGGAUCAGCUGGACCCCAUGGGCCACCGCUCCCUCUACAAGAGCCAAGGCAACGGCGGCUUCACCCGCUCGUACACCUUCGAGAGGCAGAUGAGCGCUGGCUCCAACGCCAAGAGCUCCUCCGACUGGCUGGAUGGCACCGAGGUGCCCCAGAGCCGCACCAUCCGGGCGCCGGCCAUGCGCACGCUGCAGCGCUUCCAGAGCAACAACCGCUCCCGGCUCAGCACCAGCUCCUUCGGCAGCAUCCAGCCGUCCUCGCAGGCGGGCAUCGGGGGCUCCUACAUGGGCAUGGUGGAGCACAGCUCCCGUGCGCCCUCCGUGCGCAGCCUGGCCGAGUCCAGCCACCACCUCCAGGACCAACGCGGCAUGGAGAUGUACAACGGGCACAGCACACUGCUCACCCAGCAGUCGGGAGGGUUUGACGACAUCGACCUGCCCUCCGCGGUGAAAUACCUGAUAGCCACUGACCCCAACCUGCAGGUCCUGGGCGCUGCCUACCUCCAGCACAAAUGCUACAGCGACAGCAACGCCAAGAAGCAGGCCCGCAGCCUCCAGGCCAUGCCCAAGCUGGUGAAGCUCUUCAACAGCCCCAACCAGGAGGUGCAGCGCCACGCCACCGGCGCCAUGCGCAACCUCAUCUACGACAACGCCGAGAACAAGCUGGCGCUGGUGGAGGAGAACGGCAUCUACGAGCUCAUGAGGACGCUGCGGGAGCCCGACGAUGAGCUCCGCAAGAACGUCACAGGGAUCCUGUGGAAUCUCUCCUCCAGCGACAACCUGAAGGAUCGCCUGGCCCGGGACACGCUGGAGCAGCUCACAGACCUCGUGCUGGUCCCCCUCUCUGGGCUGGGUGGCUCAGGUGUCAUCCAGCAAAACCCCUCCGAGGCAGAGAUCUUCUACAACUCCACGGGCUUCCUCAGGAAUCUCAGCUCUGCCAGCCAGCAGACCCGGCAGAAGAUGCGUGAGUGCCACGGGCUGGUGGAUUCCAUGAUCCACUAUGUGAACAGCUCCCUGGAGGUGGGCAAGUCGGAGGACAAGAGCGUGGAGAAUGCAGUCUGUGUCCUGCGAAACCUCUCCUACCGCCUGUACGACGAAAUGCCCCCCUCCUCCCUCCAGCGCCUGGAGGGCCACCGCAGGAACAACGGUGGCACCAUGACGGGGGAGCUGGUGGGCUGCUUCAGCCCCCAGAGCAAGAAAGCACGUGAGCACUACCUGAACGCGGACAUCGUCACCUUCACAGAGGUCUCCAAGGACCCCAAGGGCAUGGAGUGGCUCUGGAACCCACAGAUCGUGGGCAUCUACAACCGGCUGCUGCAGCGCUGCGAGCUCAACAAGCACACGACCGAGGCAGCCUCGGGCGCCCUGCAGAACAUCACUGCUGGGGACCGCAGGUGGGCGGGCGUGCUGAGCCGGCUGGCCUUGGAGCAGGAGCGCAUCCUGAACCCCGUCCUGGACCGCGUGCGCACUGCCGACCACCACCAGCUGCGCUCGCUGACGGGGCUCAUCCGCAACCUGUCCCGCCACGCGCGCAACAAGGACGAGAUGUCAACCAAGGUGGUCAGCCACUUGAUUGAGAAGCUGCCAGGGAGCGUUGGGGACAAGGCACCUCCUGCUGACGUUAUCGUGAACAUCAUUGCCGUGCUCAACAACCUGGUGGUGGAGAGCCCCAUGGCAGCCCGCGACAUCGUCUACUUCGAUGGCCUCAGGAAGCUCUUCUACAUCAAGAAGAGAAGGGACAGCUCGGACAACGAGAAGUCAUCCAGAGCGGCGGCCAGCCUCCUGGGCAACAUGUGGCAGUACACCAAGCUCCACCGGGACUUCAAGGUGAAGGGGUACCGGAAGGAGGACUUCCUCAGCCUGUAAGGACAAACCCUGAGAGAAGGGACUGCACAGCCCUUCCUCUCCCUGCUGGGACGCUCCUCGCUGCCUCCUGUGCCCUGGGGAAGCUGCUCGCCACAGGACCCUGCUGCGUAGCGUAGUCCCCGGCUGCUCCUUGCACCCCUCGUGCCUGCAACCCCUCUGCUGGGCACCCUGUUCCUGGGCUGGAGACGCAGGUGCUGCAAAGCCCCCCCCUCCCUCCUUCCUGCGCCAAUUCAAGCUCGUCUCGUGGCUUGGCCGAGGAGCAGAAGCUCUGGGGAGGCUCCUGCAAAGCAGUGCUGGUGGCGAGGGGGGCUUUUGAGGGAAUUUCUCUUCCAGCUCCCCCCCACUAAUAGGGCCGAGCUCCCCAAAUCGCAGCGUGCCGGGUGCCUGUGCCACUGGUCCUGCCCUGGCUGCACGGGGACGGGGCUUUGCACAAUGCAGGGAGCCUGGGGAGGGGGCAAGGUGGCUGCUGUUGGCUCCCCAGAUUUUGAAAGGAGCUGGGACUGGCUUCAGUGCUGUGGUUUUCAGUCCUCCCUUUGCUGGGGGCUCCACCUGGAGAUGUGCCUGAGGCUGCCCGUGCCCCCGCUGCGGGAAGAUGGGCUGUCCCCAUCCCUGCACCCCACAGGGACCAUUUGGGGCACUGCUGCUGCUCUGUUAAGGGCUUGGGGUUGGGGCUGGUGCUGCGUAAGCAGGAUCUGGGCAGGGCCAGACAGCUCGUGUUUGCUGGGCGGUGUCUCCCCAUGGGGUGGGGAGAUGCCCUCGGUGCCCGGCGCGGGCUGGCGCCAGCAUGGGUCCAAAGCUCACUUUGCAGAGGCAGAGGCCGGGUUGGGGCGUGCGGGGAAGGGCUGGGGGUCGCUUGGGUCUGCCAGGGGGUUUGGGGCUGGUAGGGGGAGCCCUGCGCUUGGGGUGUGCUGCGCGCCCUGUCUGGGAAACGGGGUAGAGUAUAGGUACAGGGGGUGGGGGGCAGGCAGGGGAGGGGAGAGCAGGCAGCGCUGCCAGGAGGGGCUGCAGCAGCCCCCGAUGCGGCUGUCCUGGCACGCCUGGGCCCAGCGAGGUCCGGGGGAUCCGUUUGUCUCCCCAGCUCUCCGUGUCCAAGCUCCCCGAGCACUGUGUAUCCCCGAAAUAAAGGCCUUGAACAACA